AGCUGAUGUGAUAUGACUGCGUAAUGGGAUCCAUCAUAGAUAUUGUGAUAGGAAAUUCUGUGAUCUUAGUAGUGUGCUGAAGCUGUUCAAAAGCAGAUGCACAACAUUACAUACAGUAAAGGCUAGGCUACAUUGUGCUACAAUAAUGAUGAGGAGAAGAAUGCAGGCAGGAAGUGCAUCACCUGUGGGACUGCCACCUGGCCCACCUCAGAUGGUGCCUAUGUCAAAGGUGGAGCUGACUAUUGAGGCCAAGAAUUUAAAAAAUCGUGAUGUCCUGAGCAAGAGUGAUCCCUUAUGUAUUCUCUAUAUGAAGGAAACUGGACAAGAUAGUUUUUAUGAGGUUGGGCGCACAGAGAUGAUUAAGGAUUCCCUGAACCCACAAUGGGUUCGUGCAAUUGAAGUGGAUUAUCGAUUUGAGGAACGACAGAUCCUUAAAUUUUCUGUAUAUGACUGGGACAGCAAGAGCACGAAUCCAGAUGAUCAAGACAGUCUGGGCUCUGUUGAAUGCUCUCUGGGAGAGAUCAUGGGUUCCCAAGGAUCACAGAUGAGCAAGGCUAUCUCUGGUGGUGGACUCCUUCUGGUGCAGGGAAAUGAAAUGUCCACAUCGAAGGAAAUUGUCACUAUGAAUUUGUAUGGCUCAGAUCUAGACAAAAAGGACUUUUUGGGAAAAAGUGAUCCUUUCUUAAUCUUUUAUCGCUGCAAUGAUAAUAGUGCUUAUCUUCCUGUACACAAGACAGAGGUCAUAAAGAAAACUGUAAACCCAGCAUGGAAGCCCAUAGUCAUUCCUGCUAGGAUUCUCUGUUCAGGAGAUCAUAAUCGUAGUAUCAAGAUUGAAUGUUAUGACUGGGAUUCUGAUGGAACUCAUGAUCUGAUUGGGGAAUGCUACACCAAUCUUCAAAGACUCCUAGAAGGUCCAGGGACAACUAAUGUUUAUCAUCUUAUCAAUCCUAAGAAGAAAGCCAAGAAAGCAAGCUAUAAAGACUCGGGAAAGAUUACCCUACAAUCUAUCUCCUGUCACGUUCAGCCAACUUUCCUUGAUUAUAUUCGUGGUGGGACACAGAUUAAUUUUACAGUUGCGGUGGACUUUACAGCCUCAAAUGGUGAUCCCCGUACCCCCAAUUCACUCCAUUAUCGUCAGCCUGGAGUGGACAAUCAGUAUUCAUUGGCAAUUAAAGCAGUGGGACAGAUUAUCCAGGAUUAUGACACCGAUAAGUUGUUCCCAGCACUUGGCUUUGGUGGUCGAGUGCCACCAGAUUGGAAAGUGAGCCACGAGUUCUUCCUUAAUGGUAGUCCAGACAACCCAUACUGCCAGGGUGUAGAGGGCAUUCUCAAUGCUUACCACCAUUCCAUUCAAACUGUGGGUCUUUUUGGUCCAACUAACUUUGCCCCAGUGAUCAACCAUGUGGCUAAGUUUGCACAUGCUCACCAAGAUGGCAACAACUACUUUGUCCUCCUGAUCAUCACUGAUGGAAUCAUCUCUGAUUUGCCUGAUACCCGGAAGGCUUUGGUUCAUGCAUCUAGUUUGCCAAUGUCAGUGAUCAUCGUUGGAGUUGGCCAAGAAGAUUUCUCUGCCAUGGAGCAGUUAGAUGGCGAUGAAAACCGUCUCAGUGCUGAAGGAAAAUAUGCUGAGCGUGAUAUUGUGCAAUUUGUUGAGCUGAGGCGGCACUUUGGUAAGAAUGGAUCCAACCAUCAGUACAGCCAGGCUAGACUAGCCAAAGAUGUCCUGGCAGAAAUUCCACAACAGCUGGUUUCUUGGAUGACAAUACAUGGAAUUAAGAAAGCUCCUGUCGGACAAAUCGCAGUUGACCCAAGUAGCUCUAGCACAGGAGGUAUUGCGUGAAAUUCCAGCACAACUGCUUGCUUUCAUGCACAAGAUCAAUUCUGUCAAGUAACUCUUUGACCAAAGAGGUUCUUGAGCUUGUGUUUACUUGAUGGCUUGGUAUUUUUUAUGGUUGAUUGCUUUAUUAUUUGGAGUUUUGUACAACAAAAGUGGUGAAUCUUAGAUUUUAUUAAUACAGUAUUUAGAAAUUGUGAUUGUUUAUACAUGUGCAGAGAAUUGGUAUUGAAUGUUGUACAGGACAGGGUUAACUAAUUUCUGCUUUAUAUAGAAUCAUUUAACUUUUUUACUUCUGUUUUGAAUCUCGCAUUACCUUGACUCGAGUUUGUAAUGUAUUCAAGUAUUAUUGAUAUAUUAUUAUGAAUUAUAUUUUGUUAAAUGUAUUUCAGUGAUAUAAUAUCUUUAACUGUAAUAAUAAAUAAUAAUGCAGUUUUUCUGGAUGUCUUCACACAUCCAUAAAACUAGCGUUGAAUGUAAUGAAAUGCUAGUUUCUGGGUGAGCCUGGUAGCUCUCUAAAACAACUAAUUACUAGGGAGCCACAAGGGGCUCCCCUCAGAAAUAUUGAGUUGCAAUUGACUAAUUUAGAGCAGAAUAUUCCUGUUAGAAAUAUUGAACUUUUGCUGUUUUCUUUCUUUAAGCCAUAUUUCUCAAUUCAAAAGUAAGAAUUCUGGGUUCGAAUCCCAAGCGGGACAGAAAUGGCUAGGCGCGUUUCCUGUUACCUAAUGGCCUCACACGCUGGCUUCAACUUACGGUUGACACUGAGUUGUCCUAGGCCACCAAUCAUGGCUUCAAGUUCUCUACAUUUAAGACUCGUGUUAUGAUGUUUACUCACAGGCAGGUUGUUCUUCAUUCCCUAUUGUUGUUCUAUGGUAGUCCCCUUCUCUAUAAGAAUUCUGCUAAACUUCUGGAGUUGAUUUGACACUUGUUUGUCUUGGUCCCUCGAAUGCUCUGAGGCCCUUACUCUAGUUCGAGUCUUGUCCCGUACUUCCUGCAGUGCUGAUAGACGCACCCUCCUCACUUUGCACUCCUCUUGGGCUGUCUAAACUGGAUUAUGGCUGCCCUGCCAACUCGUCUAUUUCUCCUUCGAUACUCUGCUGUCUUGAUGCUCUGCACCAUGCUGGGUUGCACCUCAGCUCUGAUGCCUUUUGUUCAUCCCCUAUCCAGAGCUAUUAUGUUGAAACAGAUGUCUUGUUAUUCCAGGAUCGUCGAAAUCGUUACUGCCUUUGCUAUCUUGUGAGGUCUCUGCAACAUCCUCAUUCUCGCUUUUGCCAGGCUUUGGCUGUUGCCCAUCUGAUGGGCCCCUGUUCCCUUUCCCCUUCCAUUUUCUAUUUGGAUGUCUUGCUUACAAGCUUCCCUUUAGGUUUGUAACCAAUGUCUUUCUUUGUAUCAUUCCAUCCUUAUUGCUUUGGCGAGUCCCACUUGUGAAGUUUGCAAAUCUUUGACCCAUGUAGAGGGCUUCUAUCCCGCCUAUUGUUCUGAAAUGCCUUUUCCUAUAACAUUUUUCUUUGCACUCACAUACUGUUGUCCUCUUCACAGAUUGGUGUAAGUCUGCUGACGGUGUUGGAUACUCUGUUGUCUUUUCAGACCAAACCAAUGUGCUGCCUACCUCUGGAGGCUAGCAUCUUCAUGGCUGAACUGUAUACAAUCUAAUAUGCCCUUCAUCGAUUAAUUUUCCAUUGUCAGCACACCUUUGUCAUUGUGGUUGACUCUAGUUGUGCUCUCAUGGCUUUGAAGUCAUUUAAUCCUACAUCCUGUGGUAGUUGAAAUCCAAUAUUGGCUGUUUCUAAUAUCUAGUAGAUUUAAGCAGGUUGAGUUUUGCUGGAUUCCCAGCCAUAUUGAUAUUUCCUUAAAUGAGCGUGUAGAUACUGCCACUAAGGAGGCUAUCUGCACUUAUUCUAUUUCCUGAAAAGGUGUUCUUUAUUCCAAUUUCUACCCAGUCAUUCAUUCAUCAGUCCGUGCCCAUUGGCAGGGUCAUUGGUUUUGUGUUCCUGGUAACAAACUGUGUGCUCUUAAACGUAGCCUGUCCCAUUAGCCUUCCUUCUACCACUGUAACCAGUGGUGGAAAAUGGCUUUGGCAAGGUUAUAUAGUGGCUAUACAAGUUUAACUCACGGGCACUUAUGUAAUUCUGCCAUGCUCCUUAUUGGCCUAACUGCAUUGUCUCUCUUAGUCGUGCAUCUCCUUGAAUGUCAUGAUUUUCAGAACAUUUGUGUCUUGCUUCCCUGCUGUCCCUUGUGGUCAUUUGUCUCUAUUUGAUAACUUUGGUAUUGCCUUAUGUACUUUUGUUCUUGAAUUGGCAUCCUUAGUGAUAUUUAGCGCUGUUUGGAUACUCUGCAACUUUGAUGAUGAAAAUAUUGUCUACCUGGAUUGGUGCCUUUUUUGAUAAUUACUUACUCCACACGACCUUAACACUUUCGUCUGGUGAUCACUCAUAGCGAAUCAAAAAAAAUUCUCACAGAUGUACACCAUUCACUCUUAUUGCGUCGUAAAUUAAGAUAUUUGUUAAAAUUCUAAUUUGUAUCCGAUCAUUCUGGGACUGUUUUUAAAAUGAGUGCCUUUAGAUUGCCCACAAUUUGAUACCAUAAUGAACGACGUAGCAUGACAAUUGAGGUCAGAACCCCUGGAAAGAUUAUGAAUACUUUUGGGGUGAUGAGCUCAAAAAAUUAAAAUAUUUGUAAAAAUUCCAUUUAUUGUUCGAUUAUUAUGGGACUAGCUUUUAAAAUGUGCACCUUUAGAUUGCGAACAACAUGAUACCAACAUGAACGACGUAGAUCGGAAAUUGAUGUCAGAACACUGGAAAGAUUAUAAAUACUUGUAGUGAUGAGCGUCCAAAAUUAAAAUAUUUCAUUUAUUGUUUGAUUAUUAUAUGACUAGUUUUAACACUUUGGCGUACCCCGCGCGCCACCCCUCAACUGUGCGAUUUGGGUCCCAGGGUGUCACGGGAGCGCGCGUAAAUUCUGAAAAGUGUAUACAGUACUCU